CCCCCAUAAAGCUCCCCCCCCUCACUUAUAUAAUACCCCCAUUUUGAACGAGUGUUCCACAACCCGAGCGUGAGCAUCCACUCUCUCUCUCUCAUAGCAACAGUGUCCACUCACUCUGUCCGCAUCAGACUGAAGGCCCUCUCUGUGUGGCGCAACCGUCAACCGCGUAUAAGGCCCUACACCUGGAAAGUCGGCUGUUUUAAACAUUUGCCUCUGUCCCCUGGCUCAAAGUCCACUGUUCCAUCCUUGCUGUGACUCUGCUUGACCAAUUCUGGCUAUCGUCCAAUUCUGACUGACCACUGUGACACAGAGAGACGAUGGCUACCUGUAGAGUUGGGGUCCUGCUCCUGUUUCUCGUAAUACUUGCGUUCCUGGGGAGCCAUUGUGUGACGUCAGCGAAAUGGCGACAGGCUCGGGACGUGUUCCUGUCCAACGUGGAGACGCUGAGUGAGAUGGUGAAGCGACAGCCGAGUCACAUGAUCACCACACGUGACCUGUUUGGUCUAACCAAAGACGAGGAUGUCGAAUUAACAGAUUCAGCACCAAGCGUACAAGGAACAGACAUCAAAAAGUACCACGAGACCUACAGAGGGCUUCCCGUGUUUGAUGCCACCCUCACCGUGGAGACAGAUGCCAAAACCCAUGUGUACACUGGCCAGGUGACAGGUAAACUAGUUCAAAACCUUGAUGAUGACAUCAACUCUACAAUACCAAAUGUCACUGAACAGGAAGCUGUGCAAUUAGCUCUGAUGUAUGGCAAAUUCCCUAUGGAAGGGGCCCGCAUAGACAGCGACAAACCUCAGUUGAUGAUCUAUGUGAAGGACAGUAUCGGAAUUCUGGUUUACCGAGUUCAAUACUUUGCUGUGUCUGAUGGGGAAAAUUAUCGAUUUUGCAUGAUGAUCAAUGCGAAGACUGGAAGGCUUGUAGACAAAUGGAACACACUAGAAACUGCGAGAGAGAAAUAUCAGAUGAAAGGCAUAGGAGGGAACAAAUUGAUAGGGAAGAAAACAUACGGGGAACUGCUCCCUUAUUUGCAGGUGAGGCGGACGGGAGAAGAUUGCUAUUUCCGCAACAGCUUCGUGAUUGUUGUGAACCUGAAUGGGAAGGAGUUUCUCUCCGAUGAGGAUGAAAAAACUUAUCAUACCAACUGCAAGAAUGGUGCAAAGGAUGAAAUAAAUGGAGCUUAUUCCCCGGUAAAUGAUGCUCUUUUCUACGGUACCAUUAUCCACAAUAUGUACAUGGAAUGGGUGAAAGUGCCCCCGAAGAAACAAUUGCCUAUGAUCUUUCGGGUGCACUACGGACACAACACGGCCGUGGCUAACUACAACGGCCGAAACUUCACGUUUGGUGAUGGUGAUGACACCUUCCUGCCUCUUGUCGGUCUCGACAUAGUUGCUCAUGAAGUGACACACUGCUUCACAGAAGAACAUUCAAACCUGGUGUACAAGGGUCAGUCGGGGGGCAUCGACGAAUCCUUCAGUGACCUGGCCGGAGAGGCAGCCGAAUAUUUUGAAAAAGGAAGCAACGACUGGGAAGCUGGAGGCGGCGUCACCAAAAAUUCGAUACGCAAACUUUGUAAACAAUCGGAGGAUGGUAAAUCAAUCACAGAUGCUGGAAACAUCUCCGAUGAUAUGGAUGUGCACUACCUCAGCGGAGUGUUCAACCGGUUCUACUGUCUGUUAGCCAAUUACAAAGACUGGAGUGUUAAGAAAGUAUUCCAGAUAACGGCACACAGCAACCGUUUCUACUGGCAUCCAAAAACCAACUUCACAGAGGCUGCUUGUGACAUCAUGAAGUCCACUUAUGAUCUUGGCUAUGAUACAGCUUCUGUACAAGAAUCUUUUGCAAAAGUAGGCAUCAAAGUCUGCGAUAUAUCUAUGUACAUCCGUAACAUUCAUGAGAACUCAGUAGUUGAGGGUCUGAGUUCAGUUCCUGGAGAGAAAAUCUUGUUUAAACUCAAUGUGAAGACGGUAUCAUUAAAGAAAGUGAAAGUUAUUACUUUUGCUGGAACCGGAGAAGUAGAUGUUUAUGCUUGCUACAAAAGAAGUCGGUGCUCUGAACGUUUGACAAAAUGGCGAUCAAGUCAGCCCGGAACGGACCAAUUCCUUUCGAUUAGACAUCCAAAAGUGGGAAAAUACUUCGUAACGCUAAAACCAAAAACAAGGUCAUAUUUUGCAAAUGUAACAAUCAAAGUGAAUUAUGAAAAAGAUUAAAAUAUUUCUUUUAAAUAAAAAAA